CACAAUAAAACCCUACUUCAUUUCCCACAACUUUCUCUCUCUCCAAACACCUUUCCUCUCCGCGCAGAAUUGGUGCCCUAGCUUUGAUGGCGACGGCGGGCGAAGGCUCUUAUGAAGUAGGAGGAGGAGGCAAGUUUCGAAAGAGGCCCUUUCGAAGGCCUCAAACAACGCCGUACGAUCGACCUCCCAACUCUCUGAGGAACACUAGAAAUGGAUGGCUCUCCAAGGUCGUCGAUCCAGCCUCCAGACUCAUUACUGCCAGCGCUCAUAGAUUCUUCGAUUCUGUUUUCCGGAGGCGCCUCCCUCCGCCUCCCCUUCCCCGUCCCCUUCCCCCUCCGCCAGAGGUAAACCAGGAACCAAGAGACAAGCUCCAGGCAGCAGUUUUCACUAAUUCUGCUGAAGCACAAGAACACGACAUUUUUGAUGGAAGCAAUCCAAGAAAUAGUUCUGAUGGUAGCAGUUUUACCCAGCUUGAGCAAAUUUUAAAGCAGAAGACUUUUACCAGGUAUGAAAUUGAUCAUUUGACAGCCCUAUUGCACUCAAGAACUGUUGAUCUUCCAGUUGAAGAUGAAGAGAAAAGAAGUGAAGCGAAAUUUUCAAAACCACCAGAUAGUUGUGACACACGGGGAGAAAUUUCUAAUAAUCCAGUGCAAGAAAAUGAGACGGAGAGCCAUAGGUUUCUGGAAGCUGUCUCAACCCCUAUAAGGGUCCUUGAAGAAGAUGUUGCUUCUCCCGCAGAGCUUGCAAAAGCUUACAUGGGCAGUAGGCCUUCAAAAGUGUCCCCAUCAAUGCUAAGUUUGCGCGGUCAAGCAUUCAGAGAAGAUUCAACUUUGCCGAGCAAUAUAUCACUUCAUCCAAAAUUGCCCAUCAUGUCAAUUGUACCAAAAUCUCCUGCCCCUGUUGGGGUUUCUGAAAAUGGUUUUAUGAUUCCAAGAUCUCGAGGCAGAUCAGCAUUAUACAGUAUGGCUCGUACACCAUAUUCCAGAGUUAAUCCAACUACUACCAUCAAGGGUGUUACAUCAACACUUGAUGUUUAUGGUGGGCCAUCAUCAUCUCAGUCUGCAUCGGAGCAAAAUAGAUUUUCUGGGUCUAAACAAGGGCUUCUAAAGCGCAGGAGUUCAGUCCUGGACAGUGAUAUUGGAUCUGUUGGUCCCAUACGGCGAAUUCGCCAGAAGCCUAAUCUUUUAUCUCCAAAAAGUUUAGGCACAGCAGUUGGUGGAAGUCCUCUUUCUGCCACUGGAACUGGAGUUCGCUCUGAUGUUGCUCAGCUCCCUUUGUCUUUGAUAGAGAAGCCACGUUUAUUGGGCGAAUCCAAGCAUAGAUUUUCGAAAACACUGAUAGAAAAUGGGGAUAACAGUGUUCCUGGAAUAAGUUUUGCCCAUGUUCCUUCCCAGUCCAGUGAAAUGGCUGAAAAAAUAUUGGAGCAACUUGAUAAGUUGGCCCCUUCGCCGAAAGAGAAAUCAUCUGAACUCAAGCUAGCUGCUGCAAGGGAGAAAUCACCUGCUAAGUUGACACCAACAAUGUUACGUGGACAGGCUCUUAAAAGCUUGGAGAAUGUGGAUUCAUCAAAGAUUCUGGAGAAUGUGCCAAAUAAUAAUAAGUUGAGUGAUAUGCUUACUGCCUGUGUGCCUGAUGCUCGAGACUCUACUUUCCAAAAGCCAGACAAGGUUCAAAAUGGGCCAACAAAGUUUUUUGAUGGAUCAAUAUCUGUUGUGAAUAAUGUUGAUACUACAACCUCUAGUAAGGGCACCAUGCCUAGCGUUAAAACUGCAGAUUCUGCCAUGAUGAACUCUGCCAUUCAUCCUCCUACACAGAAGAAACGGGCUUUUCAGAUGAGUGCCCAUGAGGUUUAUCUUGAACUGGAUGAUGAUUUCUAUCCAAAUGGACUUGCAUCUAAUCCAUUGGUAGAAAGCAGAGAAAAGCUGGAUAAGUCGCUGGUGGAUGGUAAGAUGGAGACUGUUGCUGUUGAAUCAGUUAAAGCAGAGAAGCCCUCAAUUUCUUCUGAAAAGUCCCCUUCCAGCUCUGUAUUAAACAAAAGUAGUUAUGCAGAAACUUCUGAAACUCAUGUUGUUGCUGAAAAGAAUCCCUCCUUUACCUUCCCAGUUGCACCGGUAUCCAGCAUGACUGUGCCACCAGUUGUGCUUGCUCCUCAGCCUUCUUCAACAUUGGAUAAAGUUGUUCCACCAAAGGAACUGUAUUCUGCUCCUCCUGUGUUUAGUUUUGACUCAAAAAAUGUCAAUAAGUUUCCACCCAUAACAUUUUCUUCCUCGUCUCCGGUUGCUAGUGAACCCUCGGGUCCAAAAUUUGGUGCUUUCUCAGACCCAAAACUAGACGGUUCAAGCAGUUUUGCUUCAGUUUCUGCUGGUGCAACGGAAACUGUCCUGAAAAUACCAGAAUCAUCUCAAGGUGAUACUAACAACAUACAGAAGGCUGGAGAUUCAUUGAAAAAACCAGAAACUGCAUUUUCAUCUGCUGUAUCAGCCUCAACAUCAACGACAGGCAUUUUCUCCUUUGGUGCUCCUGCCAACGAUUCUAAUCUAAAUAAUGGAUUACUUGCUUCAGGCUGCUCUAUGUUUACUUCCCCAAGUCAACUUCUAGGUUCCAAUAUUUCAAAUCAAAGUGUUUCCAACAGCUUUACCCCCAGUGCUGCAACUGCAGCAAAUGCUUCCACUUCUGCCACUGCCGCCACAACUAGCCCCAAUAGCAGUCUCUCUAUAUCAGCCGCUGUACCUUCAUUUUCUGCAGCACCCAUUUUUACAUUUGGCACCUCUGUGGCUCCAUCAACUUCAGUUUCUCCAGUUCUGACAACUUCAGGUGUAGAAUUUACAGACAAAGAAGCCAACACCAAGCAGGAAACAACCUUUGGCAAUCCAACCAAUGCUCCUUUUGGUGGCACAUCUCCUGCAACUGCAAACACAGGAAAUAGCAUUUUCGGGUUUAAUGGUUCAACCUCCUCAAAUGCUAACAACCAGUCUCUUGGUGGCACAUCUUCCAAAAUUGCAAGCACAGGAAGUGGCAUUUUUGGGUUUAGUGGUUCAUCCUCCUCUUCAACUGCUAAUAACCAGUCUCUUGGUCCUACUCCUUUUGGUGCUGGCAGUGGAUCUUUGCUUUCUGCCCAGACAUCAUCAUCUCCUGCUGGGACAGGGAUUGCAUCCUCUACUCAGAGCAUGCCCACUCAGUUUGGUUUGUCCACCUCAUCUCCAUUUGGGAUGACUGGUGCUGCACCUCUCAACUCUCUAUUUGGUUCUUCAACUCCUGCCAAACUGUUUGGAUCGAGCAGUAGUGGACUGAGCUCUUCAGUUUCCUUGUCUGAGGCCAGCACCUCUCUUAGCUCCACCAGUGGCAUUACCUCCAAUGUGUUUAGUUCCAAUUGGCCAACCACUAAAUCUCCCAUAUUUGGUUCAACAUCAACUGGGUUUCCUUUUGGAGGAUCCUCAGCUUCAGUUGCUGGUAGCAACAGUGCACCUAUGGUUUUUGGUUCCUCUACCAGUGCCUCAUCAGCUAACAUGUUCUCAUUCAAUCCAUCUGCUGGCACUGCCUCCUUGUCAUCGUUCCCCUCAUCACAGCCUGUUUUCGGUAAUGCUAAUUCUGUCUUCCCAUUUGGUUCAGCUACAGGUAAUCAUGAUCAGAUGAACAUGGAGGAUAGUAUGGCUGAGGACACUGUACAAGCAUCCACGCCUGCAGUUUCGGUACUUGGUCAACAAGCUAUCUCCCCUUCACCAUCACCUGCCUUCAUGUUUAAUUCAACAGCCUCUUCAGGAGCUAAUCCCUUCCAAUUUGGAAGCCAGCAGAAUCCGGCCACGCCACAGAGCCCAUCCCCCUUUCAGGCUUCCAGUAGUUUAGAUUUUAAUGCUGGUGGGAGCUUCUCACUGGGCACUGGCGGUGGUGAUAAGGCUAAUCGGAGAAUGGUGAAAGUUAAACACCCCCGGCGGAAGAAGUAAAGACAUCAAAUGUUGUAGUAGUUGGUUUCCUUUUCAGAGGCCUUAGUUAUAUAUUGGGGUUUGAUGGGCAAAUUAUUUUAUGGUGAGAGUUUCGCUGCAGGGGCUUGCUUUUAUAUUUGGUGAAUCGGAAUUUCUUGGUGCUGGCAGAGGUAAAUCAGCCACUUCAGGCCUGGGAAAUCUGAGAUAUUCUGUCCUUCUUGGCUACUUUCACAAAUUUUCAUUUCUUCUCUUUGGGUAAAUUUUCUAUGGUCACAAUGCAGCCAUAAACUGUCACAAUUUUGAAUGUCAUUGUAGCUGAGUCCAUGAACAUAUCAUAUGUCUUGUAUUAGUACCAGUAGCGGGUCAUAGGAUUUUAGGUUGGGCAACUGUGCCAUCCACCAUGCUUUGUGUACUCUGUUGUGUAACAUAUAAAGAAACGGGUAUGGAUCUGUUUUAAGAAUGCAUAUCUGUUUGAUUGCCCUCA